AAAUUGCUCCCAAAAUCCAAAUCCAACACGUCAAAUAAAACGGCUGCCCUUCGCCCUUCUCCUUCUUCACUUUAACCGAUCAGCGAAGAAACGAGCGCGAGAGGGCUAGGAAUCAUGGCGACGGCAACCUCGGCGUGGGCAAAACCCGGUGCAUGGGCCCUCGAGUCCGAGGAGCACGCGGCCAUGGAGAAGGGUGAUAUCUCCUCCGCCUUCCCCUCUCUCACCAACGCCGCGUCCGAACCCUCCGUUGACUUCCCUUCCCUUGCCAGUGCCGCCGCAUCCAAGUCCUCGAAGAAGAAGAAACAACAGGUUCUAUCUCUUGCCGAGUUCGCCGGCGGUAAGCCCGUCAGCCACGGCGCUGCAGCCCGAUCCCGUCCCGCGGACGCUUUGUCGUCUUCGUAUUCGAAGGGCCUCACAACUGAUGAGCUCCUCCUUCUUCCUACUGGACCACGCGAGCGCAGCGCCGAGGAGCUUGAACGUUCAUCCAGAGGCUUCAACUAUUCUACAUAUGGCAACGGUGGUGCCCGAAGGGCGGACGGCUCUGCGUCUAGGGUUUCGGGGGAUGAGUUGAGGAAGAAUUCCUUGAAUAGGGAUUCUGGGCCUUCUCGUGCUGAUGAAGUGGAUGAUUGGGGUUCGAUGAAGAGAUCGGCUGGGCCUCCUGAGAGGAGGGACAGAGGAGGCGGAUUUUUUGAUACACAAUCCAGGGCGGAUGAGGUGGACAGUUGGGUAUCGAAGAGAGGCAGUGCUCCUCCCGCUGAUGGCCUGAGAGAAAGGAGGGGUGGUUUUGAAAUGUUUAGCAAGGACAGAUCUGCGAUGGGAGGGGCGGAUUCUGAUAGUUGGGGAAGGAAAAAGGAGGAAAUCGUUCGGGCUGAUUCGGAUACAUGGGGGAGAAAGAGGGAUGGUGUUUCUAGAACAGAUUCAGAUAGCUGGGGGAGGAAGGAGGAAGCUAAUGGUACUGCUGGUGGGCGACCAAGGCUUGUUUUGCAGCCUCGAACGGUGCCGCUGGCCAAUGGCAAUACAGAUGGUCAUGGUGAAUUAAAUCAGGGGGAGAAGCAUGCUUCAAUUGUUAAUAGCAAGGGUUCGAAUCCAUUUGGACUUGCUUGCCCCAGAGAGGAAGUGCUGGCUGAGAAGGGACAUGAUUGGAAGAAGCUUGAUGAUAAGGGACUGAUGACCUUGCUUCAGGAAGAAAGGGUCGUGGCUUGGGUAAUGGAAGUUUGUCUGAGGAUCGCACUCAGGGAAGUUGGAGGAAGGAAGUUGCAUCUGAUGCUCCUGCUUCAAUGUCUGGUUUUCUAAGCCCACCUAAUAUAC